GGGGCGCGGGCAGGGCCGGGCAGGAGCGGGGCCGCGGGCGGCGGGCCGCGGCAGCCGGAGGAGAUGCGCCGGGAGCCGGGCCCGGAGUGAGGAGAGACGGGCGGCGGAGGGCAGCAGCGCCAUGUCCCUCGGCGCGCCCACCAGCAGCGACGCCUGCCUGAGCAUCGUGCACAGCCUGAUGUGCCACCGGCAGGGCGGGGAGAACGAGACCUUCGCCAAGCGGGCCAUCGAGAGCCUCGUCAAGAAGCUCAAGGAGAAGAAGGACGAGCUGGACUCGCUCAUCGCUGCCAUCACCACCAACGGCGCCCACCCCAGCAAGUGUGUGACCAUCCAGCGCACCUUGGACGGGCGGCUCCAGGUGGCCGGCCGCAAGGGCUUCCCGCACGUCAUCUACGCCCGGCUCUGGCGCUGGCCCGACCUGCACAAGAACGAGCUGAAGCACGUCAAGUUCUGCCAGUUCGCCUUCGACCUCAAGUACGACAGCGUCUGCGUCAACCCCUACCACUACGAGCGCGUGGUGUCCCCGGGCAUCGGUCUCAGCAUCCAGAGCACAGUGCCCCCCCCGCGCCUGGUGAAGGAGGAGUUUGUCCAUGACUGUGUGCAGAUGGAGCUGCCGCCCGGCCGGGAGCAGGGGGCCAAGCGGGCGCCGCGGCUGCCCCCCGCCGAGCCCUAUCGGCAGCCGCUGCCCCCCCUGCGGCUGCCCGCGUCCCCCCGUGCCCCCGCCAGCCUCUACCCCACGCUGCCCAUGUCACCCCCAGUGGCCCCCGGCGGUUCCCUGCUUUCGCUGCCCCCCGGUGAGGGGCUGCUGCAGCUCGCCUGCCCCACGCCGCCCCCGGCCGCCCCGGCACAACCCCCCCCGCACAACGGCUACCCCAAGCCGCCCUACCGCAGUUCGCCGGCAAGCUGGACCGGCGGCACCGUCUACGUGCCCGGCCUGGGGGGCCCACUGCCGCCGCCUGGCCCCCGGAGCCACCCGCAGCCCCCGCUGCACCACCCCAACCACUACUGGCCCCCCCACCAUAGCUCCGGGCCCUACCCACAGCCAGUGUCCACCCACCCUGGGCCGGAGUUUUGGUGCUCCAUUGCCUACUUCGAGAUGGACGUGCAGGUGGGUGAGAUCUUCAAGGUGCCGUCCAGCUGCCCCGUGGUCACCGUGGACGGCUACGUGGACCCCUCGGGGGGCGACCGCUUCUGCCUGGGCCAGCUCUCCAACGUGCACCGCACCGACGCCAGCGAGCGGGCCCGGCUGCACAUCGGGAAGGGGGUGCAGCUGGAGUGCCGCGGCGAGGGCGACGUGUGGAUGCGCUGCCUGAGCGACCACGCCGUCUUCGUGCAGAGCUACUACCUGGACCGGGAGGCCGGGCGGGCGCCCGGGGACGCCGUGCACAAGAUCUACCCCGGCGCCUACAUCAAGGUGUUCGACCUGCGCCAGUGCCACCGCCAGAUGCAGCAGCAAGCGGCCACGGCCCAGGCGGCCGCCGCGGCUCAGGCCGCCGCCGUGGCCGGGAGCAUCCCGGGACCUGGCUCCGUGGGCGGCAUCGCACCGGCUGUCGGGCUGUCGGCGGCGGCGGGGAUCGGCGUGGACGACCUGCGGCGCCUCUGCAUCCUGCGGCUGAGCUUCGUCAAGGGCUGGGGGCCCGACUACCCGCGGCAGAGCAUCAAGCACACGCCGUGCUGGAUCGAGGUGCACCUGCACCGGGCCCUGCAGCUGCUCGACGAGGUGCUGCACACCAUGCCCAUGGCCGACCCCGCGCCCCUCAACUAGCCGGGGCCCCCGGCACCCCCCCGGGCGCUGCCGGCCGGCGAGGGCGGCGGCCCCCGGCCGCGGGGGAGAGGCCCUGGGCCCCGGCCCCACCCUCCUCCCCUUGGAGGCCUUUUUCUUUUUUUAAUUUAAUUUUGUACGAAAAAGCCAAAAAAAAGUGUAACUACCAAAAACCAGGGGUUGGGGGCGCAGGGCCAAGACGGUGUAGCUCCUCUUCUCCUUUUUUUUUUUUUUUUUUUUUUCUUCUUUUUAACCGUUAUUUAAUGAACAGAGUUGGGUUUUUUGCUGCC